AUGCCAAUCCUGCAUCAGGAGCAGCAUAAAGUGACUAAGAAGGUUUUACAGGCCUGCGAGCGAUGCCGAUUGAUGAAGGUUAAGUGCUCCGGCACCGAACCUUGCGCCCGAUGUACCCGCACGAAAAAGAUCUGCCAGUUUGCACCAGAAGCCAAGCGGGUGUCCGUGUCGGAGAGUCUCGCCUGUCCUGGUGCUAUGGAUCCUGGAACUUACUAUGGUUCUCUCGACAGCUACCUCCGAGACUUGCAAAUCCUAGUCGGACAUCUUACACUGACCAUUAUGUACCACCUCAACGCCAUGCCUGCACGCCAACAAACUCAGUACAAUCAGCACCCACACCAGCACAAUGACGACCAGCGUCCCGAGCACGAAGAUGAAGACAACCACACCCGCGCCUCGUCGCCGACUCAUCCAGUGAACCACAAUUUUUGGCAGAACCCCCUCGUUGACAAUGACUACACUUUCGCCAAGGUCGAGGGCCGAUAUUGGUACAUGGGCCCCUCAUCAACCUGGGCCCUCUGCCGCCGCGUCCUCGCCCUCAUCGGGAAGCGCAUCCCCGAGGGCACAUUGGCGCCGGACCCCUGGCAUCUCGACGGUAAAGCCUUGCGGCUUCGCUGGCGACCUGUCGCCCUCGACGAGACACCCGAUGUCUCCAACCUUCCGCCUCUCGACUACGCCCUGUUUCUUUUCAAUACUGUCAAGUUUUACCUAGGCCUCGUCUUCUACAUCAUCGACGAGCCGACGUUCCUGAGGAACCUGCACGAGUUCUAUGAAAACCCUGUCGUCAAGGCUUCAGCGUGUAGGAGCUGGUUUGCGCAGUACUUGUUCGUACUGGCGUACGGCAAGGCCUUCAUCGUCAACCAGAGCUCACCCGAGGGCCCGGCUGGGUAUCAGUAUGCUGUCAGGGCUAUGGGCAUGCUGCCAGACCUGUCGGGGCUCGACUCUGAUCAGAUCUCGGGCAUUCAGGCGCUGGCCCUCGCCGCUGUGUAUUUGCAGUCAGUCGACAUGCGGCUUGCCGCGUUUCAGCACAUCGGCCAGGCGCUGCGCAUCUGCAUCAUCGAGGGCAUGCACCGACACAUGCCCGAAGAUGUCGUCGGCGAGGCCUACUCGCAGCAGUGCAACGUCGUCUUCUGGGUCGUCUACCAGCUCGACAGGGAGUUCUCAGCCCUGAUCGGCGCGCCGAGCUCUAUCCGCGACGAGGACAUCACCGUCAGGUCGCCUGCGGCUUUCGCGGCUCAUGGCGCGCAUCUUGACCAGAACACGAAGUCGAUCCUGAGAGACCUGGCUCAGUUGUCGAAAGACCUGAACCACCACCUCAACACACACUUCCAGGGCACCAUCAGCAAAACCUCACGCAUCGCCCUUCGUCUCAUCCUCUCUUACCACUAUUGCGUCGUCCUCACGACGCGGCCCCUCGUCAUGUGCGCCCUGCACAUGCACAUUGAGCAAAAAGACACGCCCAACUCGCAAGCCAUAGCACUCGCGCCGCCCGUGGCCUCGCUGAUGCAGUCAUGCGUCGAUUCGGCUCAAACGGUGCUGCACACGCUGCGCGUUAUUGGCGAUGAGGACCUCCUCGAGGCCUUCCUCCCCUUUCAGCUCGAGGAUGCCUUCUCCUCCGCCUUCAUCCUCUACCUCAUCCGCGCCAUCACGCCGGCGCUCAUCCAGGAUAACAACUGGACCGAGAACAUACGCAGCGUUCUCGACAAGAUGAUCUCCAAGGGCAGUAUAGUCGCGCCGCUGAGGAAGCUCGAGCUGAGCCAACUUGAGAUGCAGCGGUGGAGCAUGAUGAGCAGGAGGCGGCGCAGACGCACGACGAGGCGGAUGAGGCUGGGUGGGACAUGUUCAUGGCGGACUGCAUGA